UCAAACUGCCGUCACGUGACACUGAUGUUUGCUCCAGCACAGGAAGUCCCGUAGACCCGGGGAUUACAGAUGGCGCUCUCUCAGGUCACCCCCACCCUGUUCCUCAGCGGGGCUGACGCCCCCCUCAACGCGGCGCUGGUGUCGAAGAAAGGCAUCACCCUGAUUGUCAAUGCCACGCUGAGCCACGCCUGCCCCGCCUACCCAGGGGUGGAGUGCCUGCGGGUCCCCGUCUGCGACCUGCCCAGCGCCCGCCUUGGGGAUCACUUUGACCGGGUGGCUGAGCGUAUCCAUGGGAACCGUGGAGGAGGCACGCUGGUGCACUGCGCUGCCGGCAUGAGUCGCUCCCCGGCGCUGGUGAUGGCGUACCUGAUGCGCUACAGGGGCGUGACCCUGCAGCAGGCACACGGCUGGGUGCGGGAGAGCCGGCCGUACGUCAGGCUGAACGCCGGCUUCUGGGAGCAGCUCUUGCAGUACGAGAGGAGGCUGUACGGGAGGAACUCGGUCAGGGUGGCCCCAGAGCCGCCGCCGAGGACGCCGCGGCUGCCGCGGGCGGUGCCCGCUCAGCCACAGCAGAGCAGCUCCUUAACACUGGUACCCAGGUCACCGCUGAUGUCACGGGCUCAGGUGACAUCAACAGCACACAAAUCAAGAAGAGGAUCCAAAUCCUGCAGCAUCAAAGUCUGAGCUGCGCCUCAAACAUCUGGAUCCUCCACACCUGGACCAGGUCCCUGUGCACCUCCUUACGCAGCCCCGACUCGGCGAGUUUUACAGUUUGUGUUUUUGACACUUUGUGGGUCCACCAGUUCUUUUCAUUCUUUUAUGACAGUUUUUGUACUUUAGUUUUACGUUUACAUGAGUCCUCUCAGCAGAGCAGACUAAGCUGAAAGGCCCCGGCCCCUAGCUGAACACACCGCCCCCUCCCACCUCAGCACCACUAGUGUUAUGUUGUCCUGCUUGAUUGUUUGUGCAUUGUCCAACAAAGUGUACUAAUGUGCUGGAACGCAAUCAAAUAAACCAGCAGAUCAAAUGAACUGUCACACAGAGUUUAACUACAUGUGAUUCUCUUACUGUGAAAACAGACAGUAUUAAAUAAAUCAAUAGGAUGGACCAAGA